UUUGAAUUUUGGCCAGUUUGAAUUUAGCGUUUGUUAUAGAUGUAUAGUUCCAGGAGAAACGAACUAAAGGAACGAAAGGUUGACAGAGAUUGGAGGCCCGGCCUAGGGAGCUAGGAGCUUUAAUAUUACCCAUAUCCGAUGUGCUGUCCGCACAAUCACGCGUAUCCUGAAGUAACAUAGAGAAUAAGACAAUUUCACUUUCUCCAGCUGACGGUGUUACAAUAUUGAGCUGUCAUAAUGAGCAAUUCCAGCUUGUCGGCUUCACAGAGCCUGCCUUGUGUUCUCUGUGGAAGGCAGGACGAUUGCCCCGAGAAAUUUGGAGAAAAAAAGACCUACAGUGAACACGAUCUAACAUUGCAUUACUAUUGUUUGUUGAUGUCCAGUGGUAUAUGGCAAAGAGGGGAAGAAGAUGAAGGCGUUUAUGGGUUUCUUGUCAGUGACAUUAAAAAGGAAAUAACCAGAGCCAGGAGGCUUAGAUGCUCUGUCUGCAAGAUGACUGGAGCUUCAAUAGGUUGUGUGAUUCCCCGCUGUAAACGCAGCUAUCAUUACCCCUGUGGGGUGGAGAGAAAGUGCAUCUUCCAGUUUACUGAAAGCUUCAGGACGUACUGCUGGGAUCAUAGGCCUGUCCAGAAUGUUCCCUUAAUGGAAAAGGACAGUUCCUUACCAUGCACUAUAUGUUUGGAGCCUGUGGAGCCCCGGCCUUCAUACGAUGUUCUUUGCAGCCCAUGCUGCAAAACCGCUUGGCUUCACAGAGAAUGCCUGCAGUACCAGGCGUUGAGUGCUGGGUUAUUUUUCUUCCGCUGCAGCAUGUGCAACAACAAAGACAAAUUCCAACGUGAGAUGCUUCGCAUGGGGAUACAUAUUCCUGAGAGAGAUGCAUCGUGGGAGCUGGAGGAGAAUGCUUUCCAGGAACUAUUGGUGCGAUAUCAGCGCUGUGAUGUGAGAAAGUGUUACUGUCGAAGUGGCCGGGAGUAUAAUGAACCAGAUAGUGAGUGGGAGAUUUUCCUGUGCCAGUGCUGUGGGUCCAGCGGCACUCACCGUGCCUGUUCCUCUCUUCAGCAGUUGGUGCAAAGCUGGGAAUGUUCAGAGUGCCAGAGUAUUGUCUACACUCCAGGAAAAGAUAAGAGAUCUCAUCUUGGUGUUGAGCAGCCAUCUCCUAAAUGCCCCAGACCAUCGACAAGCCCUAGGAGCAAGGUUCAGUUUCGUCAGAUACAGCCACGUAUCAUGCCACUUGUCGAUAUCCUGCAGGAGCUCCGACAGCAGAUCAACAGAGAUUCAGUUUGCACACUGUGUGUAAAAAAGCGAUCAUUUUGGAGCACUUCUGUUAAAGGGUUCCGCAAGGGCAGUUUCUCUCCCUCCCGCACUCUCCAGGUGAAGUUCACAGAGAGCAACCCAAGAGAUGCGAACUUGCCACAGCAAAUGCCAGUAGCUGAGUUUUUUAAGCUGUUGCUAAGUACAUUAGAGAAUUCUUCUCUGUUUGAGGGAUCUGAACACAAGAAUAUUUCAUUAAACUUAGACGCACAGAGUGAUAACUUGUACUAUGAAGCCGGCAGAAUGAUUGCAGUAUCUCUGGUUCAUGGAGGGCCAGCUCCGGGCUUCUUCUCCCACACGCUUUUCUCCUGCCUUGCCAAUGAGCCCCAGCACGUACAGCCAGUGUUAGAAGACGUGGCUGAUCCCAAUGUAGCACAGGCUAUAUUAACGAUCCAGUCCUGCCGCACCAUUGCAAAACUAAAGUCUGUAAUUAUCAAUUACUUGGACUAUUUGCUGGAAACCGAUAAUCUUCAACUUGUGCAAAGCGUAAGUGACAAGUUUUUACUUAUCAAGCAAAUACUGGCUCAUCACGUCAUCCGCAGGGUUCAAGCACCAUUAGAAAGCUUUAAGGAAGGUAUGAAGACCCUUGGUGUGCUGGAGAAAAUUCAAGCAUAUCCUAGUUCCUUUUGGAGCAUCCUGUGUUUGAAGCCAGAGAAGCUUACUUCUAAAAUUAUGUUGGACCUCUUUACUAUCAAAUUUAAUAUACACAUCUGCCCUGAUAAGCGGAAUGAAGUCACCAGCUUUUGGGCUGAUUACCUGGAAGACUCAGAAGAAGGGACAGCUGCCAAUUCCCUAGAGGAGAUUUUAAGAUUUGCAACUGGACUGGAUUCUAUUCCGCCUGCAGGUUUUGAGCCACAGCCUUGCAUCGAGUUUAGCAAUGGCACUGUCCCAACCUCACGCAAAUGGGCUAACUGUAUUCACCUUCCUGUGUUCUCCAACUAUUCAGAAUUUCAGAGAAGUAUGGACCAGGCUAUUGGAGCUUCAAGAAUAGCAUAACCAUUGGACAUCUUUUUCAAUGCACUAAGAGCAUUUUAAAGCCCUAAAUGCUGCUGUAAUUUGCUCAGACUUAUGUCUAAUGACAAGCCAUUGGAGUUUGGGAUAUUUUGGAUAUUACAAGAUCCCAGAACAAUGUUAAACACAAACAGUGCAAUUUCCUUGGACACUUUCUUGUAUCAUUGGCGUAGACCUCUUUUUCACUUUCUCAGGAAUAAGUAAUGAAUCUCUGUGGUGUGUGCUGAAGCCUUGCUCAUGUUUGAAUCACUGUAACGAUGGAAUGUGGGCUUCCACUUCAGAUCAGUAAAACUUGAUUGGUGUAAGAAGUUGUUGGAAAGUACUGCAUUUCUUAAUGAUGCCUUUCUCAAGUGCCAAAAUCCUAAGACAGAUUCAUAUUUUACAUGAUUUCAGUAUUCCAUUUAAAAUGAAUCUGUAGCGAAUAUAUAUAUAUAUUUUUUUUUUAACAUAAUUUCUUAAACAAUUUAAACCAGAGUUGUUUUUGAGUGGUUCAAUAAACAGACGUUGCUUUGUUUUGCUCAUCUUUGAAGUUGCUGAAAUGCCUUUAUAAAUGAGUUAAAAUGAAAUAAUUUACCAUAUGAGGUUAUUUUAUCCGUGGCACUUGAGAUCUGUGAGGUAUGAGCAAAACCGGUCCUGAAGAGGCAACUUUAAAAGUUUGGAUUUCUUAAAAUAGUAUUUUAAUGCCUUUUCAAAUCCGUUUACAGAAAAACUAAAAGUGGUGAGCUGUAACAAUGUCCAUAUUUAAUUCAUGUCUUCUGUAGCAGAAUAGACUAAGUAAAUGAGAGAACGAAUUGUUUUUUUGUUUGUUUUUUAAUAUGAAAAGGGGGUUUUCUGAAUCUCAUUCUGAAUAAACACAUUAUAGUGAAACAAAUUACAUGCUCUUAUUUGUUAAUCACUAGCGACCCUCUGUGGGGUAAACACAUAGGUAAAGUACCUUCAGGAGCUGCAGAGAACUGCUGGUCCAGAGCAGAAACUGCUGAUAACCCAAUCAGCAGAACUAGUUGCACAACUCGGCUCGGUGGCAGUUUUUACUCAAUACAUGCAGUUACUGAGCGGUACUUUAACUACUUUGCAGGGUUAAACACAUAAAAAAAUAAAAAAUAAAAAAAUCACUAUAAUGGCCCCUUUAACAUAUUUACUCUCUUUUGAGGAUGCCCACUAUUUUUUUUUUUUUUUUUUUUCUUUCUAAUUUGUGUUCUGUGUGAUGAUGCAACCUUACUAGAGGAACUAUCUGGUAUGUUUCAUGCAGUCUCAUUCACAAACCAUUUUAUAAUCCGUGUGAGAUGAACCGGGAGAGCUGUGAUAAAUUUGUGUCUAAGCUACCAAUCUGAAUAAACAGAUUGGCUUGUAAUAUAUUUAUAUGUUCUGUUUUCAAUGUGUGCUAACUUAAUGUGAGUUUGGGUCUAGGGCAAAUUCCUAGUGGAACCUAUAUAGGAGGUUUUCAAUGUGUCAUUUAAAAAAAAAAAAAACCUGAACUUGCUCUGACAUACCGUAUUUCUUGUACUGUAUGAUUUCUUGUGUUGUCUGAUUUUAUUUUUUAAGAUGCUUAAAGUGAGUCUUAAAACCCUUUUUAUUUUCGUCUGUUUUUGUUAUAUCUUGAAACAUACUUUUACAUUUUAGUUUUUGUUUAAUAGUAUGAGGGUACUUUUUUUUUUUUUUUUUUUAAAGAUUUAGAGAACACGACAGAGGUACAUAACCUAUAACAAUAAAAAUAUUGGGUUAGUUUAUAAAGAAUAAAAGACAGAGGUCUAUCGUUUUCUUGUUCAACAGAAAUGUAUGGUCUUAUUUGCAACAUUUUGGCUAAUAUUUUCUUUAAGUUUGCAUUAACAAUCUUACCAUAAUUGAUAUGUGUAUGUGUGUUUUUUUAACUCGAGGUCUGCUUAGACAAACUGAUCUGCCAUAGGAUAUUUAUGUACUUGAAUUUCAUUUAUCAUAACAUUUUUCCAGCCUCUGCUAAAUAUUAUAUUAUGUACUACAAUUUUCGUAUGUUAAAAUGUUUUAAUGCACAAAAACUGUUUGUUCACCCAUGAUCUAAUAAAUUUAAGUGUGUCUCUAAUUUGUGGUUUGUUUUCUCCAGGUUUGUGAAAUCGUUGUUUCCUUAAAGUGCUGUUUUACUCUUAGAAUUGUGAAUAAAAUACGUAAAUGGACAUGAAACCCCAACAUCUAGAUUGUAAGUUCCCACGGGAACAGGGCCCUCAAUUCUCCCUGUAUUUGUUUGUUAAACUUUGGUGUCUUUUAUAUUGUACUGUACUUUUAUUUUUGUACCCAUGGACAGCGCUGCGGAAUCUGUUGGCGCUUUAUAAAUAAAAAAUAAUAAUGUUUAAAGUUUCAGAUAAA